ACUCAGCAGACACUGAACUACAGCAUCUCAAGUUCACUGCAAACUGUUCUUUGGAUGAGCACGGAGAUAAAUACAGGAUUCUCCAGCUUCCUGCUGGUCAGUUCAUGUGCAAGUUCUCCAACCUUGUGUUUGAGAUGGAAGGGGAAGUGAAAGUGCUGUAUGGAAUAGCGUCCUGGAAUCGUUUUCAAUUGGAUGCAUUAGGACAGAAGCAGCCUGCAGGACCUCUGUACAGUAUUAAAUGUCUUGAAGGUUCAAUCCAUCUCCUGCACCUUCCACACUGUGAGACCCGUGAAGACUUGGCCAAAUUGACUGUGGCACAUGUGACUGGUGAUAAUGUGGAGAUCAUUCAGCCACUAAAAGUAACAAACACACAUGUGAUCAUAGAUAUUCAGCGUCUCUCCCUUUUUUGUAUCUUAAAAGAAUGGCUAUUUCAAGCACAUCCCAUCAAAGCACAAGUUCUUCUGUUCUAUCAUAGAGGAAUGACUAAACUUAACAUCCAUCUGGUGCCAGGGAAUGUCCCAGUGGAGGAGGUACAGAAAAGACAGGAGUGCAACACGUACAUUAUGACAAGCUCCAAAUGUAAUCUGACUCCUGGUAAAAUAUACAGACCGUGCUGUAAAACUACUGAGUGUGAUCAUGUAUCCCAACCAGAGCAUGAGACUUUUGAUUGUGACUUUGGCCCCAACUUUCACCCAACAUAUGAGGUGAACUUGAAUGCAGAGGUUAAAAAAGUCACAUUAAGUCUUUUGGAUGAAAAGGGCCAGGAGGUGUGGAAGCCUCGUGUGGUCUUUCUGACAGGUUAG